AUGGCUUUCAACAGGAUCUCGGCCUACCUGCUUCGAGGGGCCGCCAGUCUGCCACCACGGCUGUCCACCGCUAGUCCUGCGCUUGAGGCGGUCUCCUUCCCAGAGGUCGACGUGCCCAUAGGGGCAUUAGGAAUGGAACCAGGUAGUGAUGGGGAGGCCGCGACGCCGACAGCCGCAACGCCCGCCCCGGGCCCGGCAGUCGACCGCUCCUCUACCUGGUUCAGCCCUGGCGCGGCUCCCGCGACGUCAGCUCCUACGGCAGUUCCUGCGUCCCCCCUACCGGUCGCUUGCCCUCCUGCAGUGGAGGAGGUGGACACGGUCUACGGCACCACUACACGAGGGUCCUCCACGGAGGGGCUUGAGGAGCUGGCAGCUGCCUUCUGCUCUGCCAUGCAGAAGGAACCGUAG